CCUCAUCGUAGCAACGAUAAGUGAAUCACCGUGCAGCGCCAGGCGCUUUUGUAGAUGAUACUGGAGUCAACAAAAACAGAAUGCGAUAUGUGCGGCAACAUGAUGUUUGCAAGAGGUUCGGACGCAGCGGUCGUGGCCCGCCUUUUGGAAAGCCCACCUCCUCCUGGCGUUCGAUUACGUCUGUCGCAACGUCCCGGAAUACAAAAGACGCGGCGCCCUCAAAUGAUGAGACGAUAUUGCAGAGACAGAAAGAAGAGACCGACGCCCCCUCCACGACGUCCUACCGCAGCUCACGAACUUCGCACGACCGAGAGGACCGGUUUUUUCACGCACUUCGGAGCGACGGCGAGGGAAUCCCGAGCUUCGAGCCGCUUUUCCGCCGGAUCUUCAAAUCCGACUCUUGCGACGGCGGCGAAAAAUACCAUACUUCUUCCACGGCGCGCAGUCGUGCGCUUUCCGGAAUUCUGAUGCGUUUUCGGCGUAAAAACUCCACAACCGGUGCUGCGUUUGCGGACUGGCUCCUCAGCAGUGAGGGGAACGCGACUCUGGACGAACUCGGGUUGAAACUGGAUGAAUUUCACACAGUCGACAUGAUGCAGAUUUACCGGAAUUCCGGACGCACGGCUGAUGCGUAUGAUUUGUUCGAAAAGACGAGUUUGCAAUUUGAGACACCUUCCGUCGUGGCGUGCACCGUCGCCUUGUCGUGUUGUCCGACAGUGGAGAGGAUUUUGCAGCUUCUCGACAAGUUACCGCAUCUGCAAGAAAAUCCGCGGUCCAUUACGGCCGCAAUCACAACCUGUGGUCAGUUCCGCGACUGGCGAACCGCAGUGCGAAUCUUCGAUCGAUCGGGACUUCUCGCAGGGGAAGAUGUGCACGCGUUCGCUGCAACGAUCUCAGUUUGCGCGCAGAUGGGGAGAUGGGAGGAAGCGGUUCGUAUUUUGGAAGACUACAAGAAAAGCGAACACCAGUCCGGUGGCCUUAGUGUCGUGACGUGGACGACAAAUCUGUGCAGGCUCUACGGAGGAUGCAUCAGCGCUUGUAGGCGAGCAGGAAAAUGGGACGAAGCAUUAAGACUGCUGGACCAAGCUGAGAAAGUGUAUGACGAGCUGAAGGAGAGCAGUGCCGGCCAGUUUGGUGUGACACAGGCAGAGGGUAGUGUCACGACGUUUCAACAGGACCCCUACAUCGUGACCAGCGUUCGAGAUGUUGAUGCUGGUCAAGAACAAGAAGACGAUUUGUGGAAGACACUCCUGGUGUGCUACACAGCUUGUAUGAACACCUGUGAACGAGCAGGGCGGUGGCGCGACGCUCUGGACGUUUUUCGCCGCUUGAAAACGCGCGGUGCGCCAGAUCCAAUGGCCUACGCUUCGGCGGUGGGGUCUUGUCAGCGCGUCGGAGCAUGGCGAGAGGCCGUGGACCUGCUGGACCAGAUGAAACGUGCGCGGACAUCUUCAAGAAGGUGCUCAAAUAAAACCGGUACAACUAGCGCGGCUCGGUCUCUGUUGAUCGCCACUGCAUCGGCGAUCGAGGCUUGCGCGAAAGCGGGGCAGUGGCAGAAAGCGCUGAACCUUCUGCCCGAGGAAGGAGAGAUGAUUGACGACGCUUGCGUGGCUGCAGCGCUUCGUGCGUGCGAAUCCGGUGGACUCUGCGACUCGGUGGUCGGACUGCUGGAACGACUCGAAAAGCCGAACAUUCGCGUUCUGAACGCGGCGCUUCGUGCCUGCGCCGCCCGGGCAGCGCCGGAAGCAACGCGCGCGGUGUGGCAAAGGGUGCUGAAAUUCUGGGCGUCGAGCGACGUGCAGCCAGACGUGGCAACCUAUCGCGAAGCCGCGAACGCCUUCGAGCGCUUCGGGGAACUCAAGCAAGUCGCACGCCUACUCAGCCAAGCAAAAGCGUUGAUGGGCAGGUUUGGGGGCGAUUUAUCUCUGGAGCGGGAUUUUAUCAACACCUUACAUGUCGUUCCACUGCUCGGCCGCUUUCGAAUACACGCGCCUGAGAUUGUAGCGCAGUCCUGCAAGUUGAUCGACGACGAAACGAAAGACCAAAAGGCGUGGGAUCAGGGGUCACCGCUCAUUUUCUCAAAUUUCUGCUGGGGAGUGCACCUGUUGCGACUCAGAGCUGCGCAUGAGAGCGAGAAAAACAGUGGCAUUAUGCGGCGAGAGUCUGAAAACAGUCCUGCCGGUGAGUGGUCGCUUGACCGCCUCCAAGACGGCGUCUACAGAAUUUGGAGACGGGUGGGUCUUCAUGCGGCGUGGAAGUCUAGCGAGAAGAAUACCGAAGAGCGUCAGCAUGCUACAACAACGAUUGGUGACUGGAUAAGGAUUUUCGACUCCUUGACCUCCGCCAGUGCGCGGUCCGAACAUUGGCACACCCUUGACAAAGAUGCGCACCGGAUCUUCGAUCCAGUAGUCCGUGCUGUUGAACACGUUCUCAAUACGGGGGAUGCGACUCUUCUCGGAAAGUUGGCCGCCAAGCAGUCCUUUCAGUCACUCGGUGCCUACGGCACGGAAUUCGUGCUGAGAAAGAUGGGAAUGCUUCUUGCCGUCGACAGAGAAAAGGCAGUGUUCGACAGAAAGGCCGAAAACCAGAACUAUUCCGAGGGUCCGUUUUUCUACCGCCCUCCACGCGCAGCUGACAUCACAGCUGAGCUUUCGUGGGAAUUGACAGUGAAGAAGCAGGCAGGCACUGCCGAGGAGGGCGAAAUAGAACCGGAAGAGAGGCGUCUUUCGGGAAGUUGUCGCGUCGGGUGCGACGCCGACCAUGCAACUGGGCAUUCGUGCCGCACAUCGUGGCCGCACACGAUUCGAGGUUACCGCAGUCGUGACGCCAACGCAAGCCACGCCGAAAUAACGGCAAUUCGUCGACUGCUGCAAGAGUUGGAAUCUCAUGAGGAAGCAGCAGGAAGGAAAGAUGCGUCCCCUGCAACUUCAGAAGAUGGCGCUCUACCCGCGAUUACCACCGUCCCAAGUGGGCGCGUCAGGCUGCACGUAUCACACUAUCCCUGUAUCUCGUGCGUAGGAGCCCUGUGUCAAUUUCAACAUCGCUUUCCGAAAAUAGAUUUGCAGAUUUCCUGGGACAACGCAUGGACAGAUUUCAACGUCGCACGCACUAACGAACAUGAAGGGUAGCAGCUUUAACAGGAGCAGAUCCACCUUCUUCACGUAAAAAAGGAGGCCCCGACAAAAAUUGAUGUCGAAUUACGCGUGCAAAAGGUAGUACUCGCAACCACGGCAAAAUCCGCUGU